UUGUUCUCACCACAGUAGGGUCACACCAUAACGCUAAUUUUUGAGCAGGCCAAAUGGCAAGAAUUUGUUUGCCGCCUUUCACUGCAGAAAUAAAGCCAUGUCAAUAUCAGAAUCCCAUCGAACAGGACUCCGCGAUAUGCUGGUCAAUGAGAGAAAUACUCCUGUGCUGCUACAGUUAGCAAAAAGCGUCACAAAGAAUGUCUGCAGCACUGACGAUCCCGAAGAGGCGCUUGGCUAUAUUACAGCUCAUAUCGAGGAUAUACACAAGCUGCUGCACAAACGUCACAUCACGAGGGAUCUGCUAUUCAAGUAUUUACACACAAGACUGCCAGGCACUUCAACGGAUUUCACAAAAGCUGAUUUGGUCAUGAGAGUGAUUCAGUAUUGGGAUCGUCAUUUAACAAUAUCAACAGCAGGCGCAGCCGAGGAUUCAAAGCCAGUCACUACAGUUGAUACAUAUAAGGAUCACAAUGAACAGGACUAUCCCAUACAUUUAAUGGCACGUAAAUUCGGGGAAUGGUUCUUCGAGAAGUUAAACACAAACAACCUGACCACAACGGAUUUGUGGAACGACGCCGUCUUGCAGCUUCGAGUGAUAGCCGACGAUGGAACCAGCGACUUGGAGUGUGCUUCUGCAGUAGAGGUUGUGAAUUCCUUGAUUGCCGCUAAGCAGCAGUUUGGAUUCUACUUCAAUCCCAACUUGUCGCAUUCGGGUGUACAAGGACGCAUUGAUGCCUAUGGUCAGGUCGUGGUGCUCUGCUGCGGCACGUUGCAUACGGCCAACCUAAGCGUGGGCGUCUUUGAAUGCGCCUUUGGUCUGCUGCGUGAUCCACAUGCGGGUAACAACUGGAAGCCAAAGAAUUUCAAGUGUUUGCUUCGCAGUAAGCUUACUCCGCCACAACUGCACACACUAACCGACAGCGAGACCCUCCAGGCGGCACUGGCGUUACCCUCGCCCAACGAUACACUGGACUAACUACAAGACUGUUGCAACCAGGCUGUGAGGCAUCUUUAAAGGCUCGUUUAUAAAUUCAUAUUUAUUUCACUUUAAAACUAUUCUGUUAAAAGAUAACAAUACUUGACUCAAUAUAACAAGCCUGUUUAAAUUGCCAUUAAA